GAAAAAACUGCUCAAUCAGAAGACACCGAAAUGGCCUCCACCUCAGAGCUUAAGCCUACAAACCUUUCCGCAGUAGAUGAGCCUCCAUGCCAGCCAAAACUGCGUGAUUUUCCAGUCACGCAAACAGUAAGUGGAAAGAGGAGGAAUUCUUCUGCUAAGUGGUAUGACCGGUACACUUGGUUAGAGUACAGCAUCGCAAUGGAUGCUGUUUUUUGCCAGCCCUGUCGCCACUUUGAAAAGAUGCACAGGGGCAUUUUACUGACCUGAUUGAAAGAAACCGAACACAUAUCAAAGUUAUCAUUGACAUUUUGCUUUUCUGUGCGAAACAAGGCAUUGCACUGCGUGGUCACAAGGAAGACACAGAAGGCAUGAACAGAGGCAACUUUUUUGAGUUGUUUAAAGUGCUUUGUCAGUAUGACCCCGAGAUAAAACAACGCCUUGAUGAGCUUCCAGCUAAUGCAAAAAUGAUGAGUCCAGACAGUCAAAACGACCUCUUAGAAACUGCAGCAUCACUUCAAUCAAAAAAAAUCAGAGCAGAAUUGCAUGCACAGGCUGACACCUAUUAUGCCAUUUUAGCUGAAUACAAGGGCCACUCGAAGAAGGAACUAAUUGCUGUUUGUGUGAGGUAUAUAUUUAAUGGCAAUCUAAGAGAGAGAGCUGUUGGAUUUGUGGCAACAGAUCAUAUGACAUCCUCUGGCAUCGCUAACAAGAUUUUGGAAGUACUGGAACCACUGCAGCUGGAUCCUGAAUUGUGUGUGGGUUUCAGUUUUGAUGGAGCGGCAGUCACGUCAGGUGGGAGAGCUGGGGUGCAGGUGCUCCUCGAAAAAACUUUCCCCCAUGCAGUGUAUGUACGCUGCCACUCACAUCGCCUGAAUCUUGUUCUUUCAACAGCCUCAAAAGUUGCCACUUUUUUUGAUGUUAUAAAUUUACUGCACCAUUUCAUGACUGGAGCCAACAGACACGCACAGUUUCUACAGAUCCAAAAAGAGCUACACCCCAACAAACCCUGUCUGGAGCCUGUGCGCUCCACGGAUAUUAGAUGGAGUUCAAAAUCUGAGUCUGUGAGUCGAGUUUUGACUUUGUAUGACGUCAUAUUGAAAACACUGAGUGAGUUUGCAGAAGGCUCAGGCCAGACCAAAAUAGAGGAAGAGUCUCUCUUGCAACACAUACAGAGGAAGAGGUUCAUCUUUCUCCUUGUUGCAUUUUCUAAGCUGUUCAAUGCAAGUGAUUUUGCGACAAAGGCCCCAUCCGUUUCUGUUACUGAUUGUGUCCACAUGAUUGAGGGCCUAAAAUAAACUUUUGCUUUGUUUAGGAAUAAUUCAGACGGGGAAUUUGAGAGAAUCAUCGGGCUUGCUGAUGAUAUCAUGAUGAUUUCAUGUGCAAAACUGGGACAUAGUGGGCGCACGUAACAGAAAAUUACCUGCCAGGCUUUCCGACUCACAUGUGACCUCUACAGUGGGCAGGUGUGCGAUCAUUAGAAGUGACUUGGAUUUGCAAUCCUUGUGGAUUUCCAUUCUCGACAGACAGCUGAUGGAACUUAACAACCGUUUUCAGAGUGAUUCCUAUGGAAUAAUGAAGGCUGCUGCCUCCUUGCUGCCCGGAUCAGACACGUUUGGCCAGAUGGAAAUAUUACAGGUACCGUGCAAGCACUAUGGACUUGGAGUGGAAGGUCCUGAACUUACAGUAUUUGUGCAACUGCUCAAACGAAAGGUGGAUGGGGGUCACCUGUACCCAUCCUUAAUAGAAGUCUUAGACUCAUGUGAUAAAGACAUUUUUCCCAACAUGAACAGUUUACUGCGUGUUUUGAUCACAUUGCCGGUUACAAGCUGUUCUGUGGAGCGCUUGUUUUCAACAGUGAACCGAAUCAAAUCCAGCAACAGAGCAACCAUGCUCACAGAAAGACUAAACAGCCUCUCGUUGAUGUUUGAACGAGGACUCACAGAGACACUGGACCCAGAUGACAUAAUUGAGGCAUUCAAGGCCUGACCACGCCGUCUCGCCCUUUGAGCAGCUAACAGGCACUAUUAAAUGUACUGUGCGUUGUAGGCGAUCCUGAGUGUAAUGUAUAGUUAUAUAUUGUAUAUAGCUUUAUGGUUAUGUGCAGGCCCGGUUCUACUGUUGUGUG